AGAGAGAGGGAGAGAAGUGAAGGUACCAACUGGAGGUGGGGAGGGAAGCGCAGACGCUGCUGGCCGCUGGGACACUAAAAGGAAAGGAGGGGAUGUGUUGUUGUGCUGAUGGCUUUCCUCAUUCUUCCUCCUUUAAGAGCUCGCCUCCUCUUGCACACGGAGACCCAGGUGUAGCCUCUUUAUCUACCCUCCAUCUACCAACACCACCACCUUUGCCAAUUUCCCAUGCGCCCUACCUCUCCUUUUCUGUCACCAAAGGACGGUUUUACGCGCCUGUUCUUUGAGAUAAACAUCAUGUUAGAUGAAAUGUGGUGCGUCUCUUUUGUGCGCCGUCCGUUACCGCCGUUAUGAGUGUGAUGCCGGCACACAUGACUUGAACCGGGGCGGUGGAGGCAGCUGCAACUACAACAACACUUGAUCCAUAAAGAGAAGACUUAUUGAUAACCAUGGCUGACCAGUAUAGUAUGUUUCUCACCACGGCGCCCCCCCUACGGCGUGGCAGCACACCCCUUCCUGUCAAACACCAGCUACGGAGGGAAGAGGCUGUGUCCGACGACUGCGAUUGGAUCCCGGGUUUGGAUGAACCUGCCAUGUUGCCGAUCAGUGACACAGGGGUCCCUCGGGACGAGUCCUUCAGCCAGUUAGCAGCCGCCCAGUCGUCUUACCACAGCCAUGGUGGGGCUUUGAGGAUAGUGUUACUGGGACAGACCGGCGUGGGGAAGUCAUCGCUCGCCUUAUCACUGGCCGGGCAGUCUGACAGAUCGCUCUCUAUAGACUCUGAGACACAAGCAUGCGGUGAAGGCUACGAGUGCAAUGUGACAGUGGACGAGGAGGACAGCAAAGUCAUAAUUUACGACAACUGGAAACAGGACCUGUCCACUCUGCAGUGCGACGUGUGUAUCCUCGUCUUCUCCGUGACUGACAGGCGGAGUUUCCACCGCACCGCACAGCUCCGCCUCCUCCUCAGGGAGGCCCAGCCGCAAACACCAAUCAUCCUGGUGGGCAACAAGAGCGACCUCGUCCGCUCUCGAGAAAUCAGCGCAGAGGAGGCCCAAUCCAGCGCCAACAUGUUCGACUGCGUCUACUUGGAGCUUUCCGCCUCCCUCGACCACGGCACCAACGAGCUGUUAGAGGCCGCUAUUCGGACAGCAAGAGGCGAGUGUGUGGGCCCCGGCUGGACGGAUGGCGACCCUGGCGCAGCGCGCAGGGAGAGCCUGACCAGCCGUGCGAAAAGAUUCCUGGCAGGGCUUGUACCUCGCUCCUAUGGUCGAGACCGGGACAGAGAUCGAGGCCGCUAUCGAGAAAUGAGCCGCCACCGGGGCAGCAAGAUCCUCCGCCAGAAGUCCCGCUCCUGCCACGACCUCAGUGCACUGUGACACACAUGAACACACAUGGGCAGAGGGGAAAAACUCCCACACAUGUACACACACAUUGGAGUGAAGGAUGUUGGGGAGGGGGAGGUGUAAAAGGUAGAUGAGCAGGAGAAGGAAAAAUGGAAGCCAGCAGGGGACAAGAGGAAGAUGAUGGAGAAAUUUAGCAAUGGCAGAUAAAGGUCAAGUCGGGCGAAAAAGGGAAAGAGAUUGGCAGAAAAAGCCAAAAUCCCCCUAAACCACAGCAGUGAGCCUUUAUCUUCCUCCUAACAGUGAAACCAAUUUGAGAGAGAUUAAGGCCAGGUUUGAGAGAAAACAGAGAAAUAGAUAAGGACGUGAGCCGCUUGGGUUAAGCCAUGAGGACUGAUUACUUGAUGAGUGCGGCAGAAAGAAAAUUAAUUAUUUUUACACAGCAGCUUGUUUUCCUUUGAAGACACACUCAGGUGGGAAGCUGCAAUACUGUUAUCAAAUGAAAAAUGUUGUAUCAGUAUUAUUCCAGUUUGCAAAUCUUAAAAAUAUAAGGAAUCCGGCACACCAUAGCAUUGUGCUGCUUCAAAAUUGAAAAACAACGGGCCAAUGAGUUGGGAGAAAUCCAGUGGAACCUCAUAUCAUCAUUUUAGAGAAAACAGCAUAAUUAAUAACCAAUUAGGUAUGGUUGACAAUGGCUAAUGUUAGCAUUGAGCUAUUUUAGCAGUGUUCCAAUAUGACAGAAUACCAAAUAAAACUUGAAAUUCCUAGUUUAAUGGUAAUUUCAACUUAAACAUUUCAGAAAGCAUAGCUGGUGUCUUUAGGUAAUAAAGAAACAUACAAGUGUAUUUUCUAUCUAAAGAAUAAUUUUAGCUAAGAAAUAUCAGGAUGCUAUGCUAGCUUCUUUGUAAUUGUUCCAACUAGGAUAUGAAAUUGGUUACUUUGCCUUUAGUUUAUUCAGCAUAUUGAAAAAUAAAGCUUUUUCUAGCUGAACAGUAAUGUCUGCUAAGGAAGUGCCACAAUGCUAACGCUAGUUGCUGUUGAAUGGCUCCUGGUUAUUCAGUGUGUUAUUUUACCUUGAAAUAUGGCCCAGCGUCCCUUUGGAUUUUGAUCAAAUCUAUUUUCAUUUUUUUGACACAUGAACAUUUCCAGCUAAACAGAAAUGUUAGCCUGGAGGUUGCUAAAGUUAGCUCCUGUCUAACAUAUUUAACGGGUCGUGAAACAUGUUGUUGUUGGACCAUUGGCCCGCUGUGUUGACUUUUGUAUAUGCCAACUUUAUGGUAGGGAGUGAUACAAUGCUAACAUUAGCUGCAGUUUUACAAGAUCAAACAGAUUAUAAAACUAGUUUUACCUUGACAUAUGGCCUAACAGGCUGCUGGGCUUCAUAUAUCAAGGCAUGAAUUCCUAGCAAAAAAGUCAUGUAAGCUAGGUGUUUUUCAAAUGCUAUUGCUAGCACUGUCUUAAGUUGCCUAAUAGGUUUUAAAAUAUGUGCUCUUACCUUGAAAUUUGGGAGAAUGUUCCUCUAGAUUUUCACUUUCCACCAUAUUUUUUAGUUGCUGAUAAACUGAAAAAGGGUGAAAUUAUACCAAUUUGUCAGAACUUAAGUUUGUAUAACAUGCAGCUGUAGGAUAAUUUAAAAGCAUUUAGCUGUCCUACCUGAGGGUUAACUUUUAACAAAAAUGGCUGCCUUGUGUGUAUGGUGACUUAGGCCAUGUUUACACGAAAAAAGAUCCUCUGGAAACUUGUUUUCCUUUUUUUUUUAUUCUACUUUCAGGCGACAAUACUUGAUAACAACCGCCUUGUGCACGGGAUCUCGAAAAUUAAAAGAACGCUGUAGUAUAAAUGCUAGGCCAGUAGUUGGUGGUGUGACCUUGUAAUUCAACAACAUGCACAUGCAGACAAAUAUUUGUGUGGACAGACAAUGGGGAGGGGAUGUUACUACAAGUGGCCCUAAACAGGAAAGAGAGUCGAUUUCAAAUAAACUGGGAGUGAGCAGCACAAACAGAACUCAGGAGUCUGUCUUUGUUGAAGCUGUCCAUCUACACAUGUGGAACCGCAAUGUACAUGUGUGUAAGGCCACCAUUUUCAAGAAGGAACAGCAUUUUAUCAGUCUGAAAUGGUGCCGUUUUUAAAACUUUGCACUCUUGGAUCUGUUUUCAAAACCUUCAGUUUUCUGGCACACAAAACUCAUUCCAACCCCCCUCCCACUGUCAUGUAGACGAUCAGCCAAAACGCAACUAAAUUUUGCUGUUUUCUGAUGAAAAAGUUGUUGUGUAAACAGGGCCUAAGUGACAGAAGAAUCAGAUUAUGAUGCUAGGAGGGGGAAGGGGCUCACAGACAAAGACACACCCAAGUAGCACGCACUGAUUAUGUAGAGAAUGAUAGCAAUCUAAUGUACACCUAUUGUAAACCCUGUUUUAUAGCAUGCAGAGUAGACAUGAUCCUGUAGGUUUUUACAGUAGGCUACGUGACACUGGACUGACUGUACCCCAGUGGCUAAUAGCUAAUGCACAAUCUAGCUAGUAUCUCUAGCAAUGCCAUCUCAAAGGCAAAACCCUUUAUUUAUUAAAAAAAAAAACUCCUUCUCUUUGCCUUUUCUAAGACACAUUCUUUACACCUAAUACACCUUUUGUGUCAUGUACUGAUCUGAAGACGUGUUUGGUGACACCUAUCGGUAUACAUUCAUGUGUGAUUUUUAUACAAGAAUAAAAAACAUCAACGCCCAAGCCAUAUUUCCGCUGAAUGCACCCUGAGUGAACAGCACAAAGAACCCUUUACUGAGGAUGAGGAGCGUAAGGAAACAGGUCAAAACGGCUCCAAGGACAAAGACGUCAGCAAGGAUGACUGAACUUUUGUUCCACAGAAGCUGAGUCACUGAACCUUGGAUGUUCUUGAAGCACAGGAGGACAGACAAGAGAAAACCUAAUCUACCUGUGGCUGAUUGAUGUCUUCAUUCAUCUCCUUUUACCCACUGGUGUUAUUGCGUGUGCUGAGAUUUCAUUCUGUGGGGGCUGCCCACACAGGUGACCCAAAAGAGGACGUUCUGGAAACGCUGCUUGGAUUGCUUCGAGCAUGGCAGCGGCUCAGACACAUGCUCACUCGUUUGUCACCGUCUACUAAGCACUCUCUUCUUUCCACUGAGAAUAAAUUAAGUUUUGUUUUGACAUCCUGAA